AUGUCUCGUCAGUCUUUUGGGAUAAGCAUGUCAGGAGGGAACAAGGGAUUCAGCUCCAGCUCAGCUUGCUUCUCAGGUGGACAAAGAAUGAGCUUCAACACCGCUUCCACAAACCGUGGAUGUUCUGUCCGUAGUGGAGGUGGAGGUGGAGGUGCUGCCUUUGGCAGCAGAAGCCUAUAUAAUCUUAAUCAAGGGGGCAACAAGAGAAUCUCCUAUGGUGGAGUUGGCAGUGGCUUUGGUGCAGGUUUUGGUGGGGGUUGUGGCCAAGGGGGUGGAAGCUUUGGAGCUGGUGGUGGCUUCGGUGCCGGUUUUGGAGCUGGUGGGGGCUUUGGUGGUGCCUUUCAAGGUUGCCCACCAGGAGGCAUCAAGGAGGUGACUAUCAACCACCAUCUCCUGCAGCCCCUCAAUUUGGAGAUAGAUCCAGAGAUCCAGAAAGUGAGGGUAGAAGAGAGAGAGCAGAUCAAGACUCUUAACAACAAGUUUGCCUCCUUCAUUGACAAGGUCCGUUUUCUAGAGCAACAAAAUAAAGUAUUGGAGACCAAGUGGAAACUCUUGCAAGAACAGGGCCAAGGCACUGGCGGUCAAAAAAAUCUGGACCACUUCUUUGAAGCUUAUAUUAACAAUCUAAGGAGGCAGCUGGACGGUCUUCUGAACGAGAGGCGGGGACUUGACUCAGAACUGAAAAACUUCCAAGACCUUGUGGAGGAUUUCAAAAACAAAUAUGAAGAAGAGAUUAACAAGCGUACUGCAGCAGAGAAUGAUUUUGUGCUCUUGAAAAAGGAUGUAGAUGCUGCUUACAUGAACAAAGUGGAACUGCAGGCAAAACUGGAUGCCUUAACAGACGAAAUCAAUUUCCUGAGGUGUCUCCAUGAAGCUGAACUGAGCCAAAUGCAACAAACUGUUUCUGAUACCUCCGUUGUCCUUCAAAUGGACAACAACCGGAACUUGGACUUGAAUAGCAUCAUUGCUGAGGUUAAAGCUCAAUAUGAGGACAUUGCCCAGAAGAGCCGGGCAGAAGCAGAAUCCUGGUAUCAGGGCAAGUAUGAAGAACUGCAGGUAUCAGUUGGGAGACAUGGUGACAGUCUGCGCGACACCAAGGCUGAAAUCGCUGAGCUGAACCGGACAAUUCAGAGGAUGCGAGCUGAAAUAGACAAUGUGAAGAGGCAGUGUGAGAAGCUGCAGGCUUCCAUUGCAGAAGCCGAGGAGCGUGGUGAACUGGCACUCAAGGAUGCCAGAGAAAAGCUCUCUGAACUAGAGGAAGCUUUGCAGAAGUCUAAGGAAGAGAUGGCCCGUCUCUUGAAGGAGUACCAGGAGCUGAUGAACGUUAAGUUGGCACUUGAUAUUGAAAUUGCUACCUACAGGAAAUUGCUGGAAGGAGAGGAGAGCAGAAUGUCUGGAGAGUGCCAAAGUGCUGUGAGCGUCUCUGUGAUAGGCUCUUCCAUGACUUCUGGUGGAGGAAUGGGUGGUAGCUACGGAGGAGGAUCAUGCUUUGGAGGAGGAUCUGGUGGUUUUGGUGGCUUCAGCUCUGGAAGCGGGAGAGGUGUAUGCAGCAUAGGUGGUGGAGGAGUCUGCUCUGUAGGAGGAGGGUAUGGAGGAGGAUAUUCCUCUAGCUGCGGAAGUGCCAUUGUGAAAAAAACUACCUCCUCCUCUUCCUCCUUCAUGAGUUCAGGCAGGAAGUAA